GUUAAUGAGACGGGGUGCAUAUAAGAACCUAUUUUGCCUAUAAUAAUUAUUAUAAUUAAAUUUGUAAUUAAAAUGAUUUUAUUAAGAUCAUUAUUAGGGCUUUGUUUAAUUGUUAUUGCUUUCUUAGUUAUAACAGACGCACAAUCAAAACAAAAGCAUGCACCGCAACUUAGUCUAUCAGAGAAGGUUCAAAAUCUUUUGGACAUGAAUAUGAAAAAAUCCGUCCUUAGAUUUAAUACACAAAAAUUCAAGGAAUAUGUACGUCAAGCACCAAGAAAUUAUUCAAUAAUUUUAAUGCUGACAGCAUUGCAGCCAACUCGGCAAUGUCAAAUAUGCCGGCAUGCUAGCGAUGAAUUUACAAUAUUAGCAAAUUCAUAUCGUUAUUCUCCAACUUAUUCGAAUAAAUUAUUUUUCGCUAUGGUUGAUUUUGAUGAAGGUCAAGAAAUCUUUCAAAUACUGCGACUAAAUACUGCUCCGGUAUUUAUGCAUAUUCCAGCUAAAGGAAAAUCCAAAGCAGCAGAUACAAUGGAUAUACAUCGUGUUGGUUUUUCUGCUGAAGCUCUAGCGAAAUUCGUACAUGAACGUACUGAUAUUCAAAUAAGAGUUUUUCGACCACCAAAUUAUUCCGGUACAGUAGCAGUUAUUACAAUGGCUGCUGUUGUUGCCGGAGUUUUAUACUUAAAACGGAAUAAUUUAGAAUUUUUAUAUAAUAAACAAAUGUGGGGUGCUAUUGCUGUAUUUUUCUGUUUUACUAUGAUAUCAGGCCAAAUGUGGAAUCAUAUUCGUGGACCACCGUUAGUACAUAAAAGCCAAAAUGGAGGGAUUGCAUACAUACACGGCUCAUCUCAAGGGCAAUUAGUUAUUGAAACAUAUAUUGUAAUGUUCCUUAAUGCGAUGAUAGUUUUGGGAAUGAUACUGUUAACAGAAUCUGGAUCGCAGACUGAUAUGAGAAAAAGUAGAAUAAUGACCAUUGUUGGUUUAGGUUUAGUAGCAAUUUUCUUUUCUUUAUUGCUUUCUGUAUUUAGAUCGAAAGCCAUGGGAUAUCCUUAUAGUUUCUUAUUUAAAUAAAUUAAGAAUGAUCACCGAGUAUAAGAGAACAAAUUCUAAAUAAUUCAACUGUAAUGUUAUUAUAGAUAAACAAAACACACCUUAAGAGUACAUAAUUUAAACGAUUUUUUAAAUAUAGAUUCUGUAGUCAAAGUUAAAUUUAAAUUCCUACUUGACACAAUAUAUUGAAUAUAAUUUCAAUAUUUUUCAAUGAAAAUAAAUAAACUUAUCAUAAACUUAACGCAUUUCAUACAUAAUAUAAUAAAUUUUGCAUAAUAUUUUUGAAAUAUUUGUAUAAUAUAAAAUUAAAUAUGCUAUAAAUUAGUUAUGAAUAUUCCUCAAUUAUUUUAAGAGCAAUAAUGUAGUAAAUUACAUACGCAUUUCACUUUUGAUUUGAUGGAAGCACUGGAAAUUUUUCAUUUAUGUUCUCUAAUAUAUUUUAUUGUAUCUCUGGUUAUAAAAAUUGUUUUAAAAUUUUUAGUUUUGCUGUUAAAUGUAAAAAAAUGAAAAAUUCAAAUCUAAAUUAUGUGGUUAUAGUACGUAUGGAUAUUAAUUUAAUAUUUUUUCAUUUCUGAAAAAAACUUACUGAUGAAAACCAAAUUAAAAAAAUUGUUUUAGAAAAAUUAUUAUUUUUCAUAUUCAUCCAAAUCUAUAAGUUACUUUUUUUUAUUUUGUAAGUUACGAUUGAAAUAAAAUUGAUA